AUGUUCCAUGGAUUGCCAAGUGAAGACCCCAUUGACCACCUUGAUGAGUUUGAUAGGCUUUGUGAUUUGACAAAGAUCAAUGGUGUCUCUGAAGAUGCCAUCAAGCUGAGACUCUUUCCUAUGUCUCUAGCUGACAAAGCUCACCAAUGGGAGAAGAGCUUGCCCCAUGGCACAAUCACCACUUGGGAUGAAUGCAAGAAGGCCUUUCUUGCUAAGUUUUUCUCCACCGGUCGCACAGCCAAGCUUAGAGGAGAGAUAUCCAGCUUCAUCCAGCGAAACAAUGAGACAUUCGCAGAGGCUUGGGAGAGGUAUAGGGAGAUGCUAGACACAGCUAGCAAUGGGAACUUCCUCAACCAGGAUGUAGAUGAUGGCUGGCAACUUGUGGAGAACAUAGCUAACUCAAAUGGAAGCUAUGGAGAAGAGUAUGAUCGCACCAACCGGAGCUCGACCCACCACUCGAUCGAGUCAGACGAAAAGUUGAGAAAAGAUGUUAAGGCAUUGAAUGAGAAGUUGGAUAAGCUGAUCCUAGCUCAGUCCACAAUGAAGAAAGUCAACUUUGUGUCUGCUGAGGAGAUGGAACCAGUCCAAGAAGGGGAGGAUACACAAUUUGCUGAGGUGUGCUACAUGAGCAAUGGGCAAGGAGGUUACAACAAAGGAUACUAUAAUUACAAGUCCAACCCUGCCAUGUCAUACCGCAACACUGAUGUUGCUAACCCUCAGGACCAAGUCUAUCCUCAACAACAAGCAGCUCGAUCGAGUCAAGCCACAACAUGGGUAUGGUCAAAAGAACAAUUACCAAGGACCACAAGGCACUUUCCCUGGACAACAAAUGAAUAUCCCACCAGGCUUCCCCACCAACCGCCCCAGCCUGCACCUUCACAAGAGAAUGAGCUCAAGGCAAUGCUAAAGCAACUACUUCAAGGGCAAGCUGAUGGGGUAGUGGACACAAGCAAGAAGCUAGCUGAAAUAAACUCUAAGAUCGAGAACCUCAACACAAGGGUUUACUCUCUGGAGAAUCAUGCUUCUUCUGUUGCUGCUGCUACAAAGCAAGGACAACUACCUGGUAAAGCUAUUCAGAACCCCAAGGAACAGUGCAAGGUCAUCUUCACUCAAGAAGGACUUGUUGAAGAAGAGGAUCAAGAAAGGGUCAUUGAAGAUUUUUGUUUACUGCUGAAUGAUGAAGAGAUUGUUGCUGCUGAGGCUCCUGGAGUCCAGAUUGAUCAACCAGAAGUGCAGCACCUACUCUCGAUCGAGUCCGACCUCUUCUGUCCCAAAGCCGUUUUGCUUGAUCCUUACCAACCGGUUGCCGCUUCCUCGUCUCGCCUACUUAGUCAAGGUCACAAGGAAGUGAUUCACAAGUUCAGAAGAGAUCUCAGUGGGAUUGGAAUUGAGUUGCCUCCUAUGGAUAGCAUGAUUCAACCUGCUUACUUCACCACCUUCCUACCAAAGGUCAAGGAUCAAGGGAAAUUCACUCUCCCUUGCACACUUGGGCAUCUUGAGAUUGACAAUGCCUUAGUGGAUUCUGGAGCAAGCAUCAAUCUGAUCUCUCUCUCCAUGGCAGAGAAGCUAGGCAUUGCUGGAGCCUUGCAGCGCCCUACUACUUCAAUCAUGUUUGGAGAUGCAACUUCUAAGUCUCCUCUUGGAGUGUUCAAGAACUAUCACUUGAAAAUUGGAGAAUGCAUCAUCCAAACUGAUCUCACUGUGAUGGAAAUGGAAGAAGAGAAGGAUCUACCUCUGCUAUUGGGAACCCCUUUCCUUAGUACAGUUGGCGCUUCAAUAGACUUUCACAAGCAAGAAGUGAUCCUUCACAAG